UGAUUACGCUGUAGCUACAGGGGGGGGGCUAUUGCGACCAUGACCUCAAGAAGUUCAACCCCCGCCGCCCAAACUUAAUUCUGUUAUCUUAAAAGGGCCGCUUGCUUCUGAAAUUUCUGUUAUUCUCGCAUAUUCUAGGCUUCUGUGCAUUGGAGUUGCCUAUAUACGUAAAAUCCCGCCCAAUCUCGCACCAGUCACCGUCCCCCAAUACCCUUCGCUUUUUCGCUUUCAGAGGCAGAGAGACCCAAAUGCUCCAUGGGGACAGCAGAGUAUCUAGAUGUCCAACCGAGCAAAGGUGACCGCACAGCGGCGAUUGGAUAGCAAUAGCACCGGAGCCGACACUGCCAGCUACAACUCGACGCUGACGUCGACUUCCAACUCGUCGUCUUCCCGCAAGACCAGCAGCGGCAGCGGCAACAAGCAGCCGCUGCUCAUCCCCCACCCCCGUCCACAACAGCAGCAGUUUGAACAUCACGAUAGUAGCGCCCCGCCCUCUUAUGAUGUUGCCGCCACUAGCACCUUGUCUUUUACCGGAAGCUUGACCGGGGAAGAUAGGCCCAGCGCGAUGACGGCCCAUUCGUCGCUCCUCCAACCCCGCGUCGCCGUUGCUCUGGGCGUGGCCGCGGCCUGGCAUCCGCUGCUGUUCGCAUGUCGCCUGCUGUCGAUUGUCCCGGCCAUAUGGUGGGGCCUCCCGAGCGGCCUGCGCCUGCUGGCCAUGCUGCACAUAGUCAUCUUUGGCCAGAGUCUUGACGGGCCAGUUAGCAGCAGCAGCAGCAGCAGCCAAGUCGAUAGCAGUCGUGUGUUCUCGCUAGCAUCGGCAUGCAGCGGUCACGAGCUGUCUUUCGAGGCGAGACUGCGGCUCACCGAGACGCUACUCGCUACGAUAUGGUGCCUAGCUUCGGGUUAUCUGUCCUUCUUCUUUACCGACUGUCUCAUGUCCAGGUGGCUCCUCAACUAUACACCCCAAGCGACUAUUGUCCGCCUCUUGACCAUCAACGCCUUGAACGGCUACCUGACGUCGUGGGUUUUGUAUGUGACGGGCGGUUCGGAGGACCCUCGCCUCCUUUUGCCUGCCUGGAUUGGAAUAUCUAGUACCUUGACGUUGAUGUAUCACAUCACACAGCGAAAGAUCAACAUCCGAAAGGAGACAUCCAUGUCUAUCAGUAUAUUUUCUAUUGCGAGCUUUAUCAGCAUGGUCGCACUUCUUGCCCAGUUGCACUCAAACCGGUCCGACUACCCUAAUAUUCCCUUGGUUGUUUGUGUCAGGAGGGUUGUACUCGAGGCCGGAAAAGUUGCCCUCACGAUAAUGGAGUACGGAAAUGUUGCUCGGGACCUGUAGUAGUACUUUCACAUUUUCCUAGGCGGGGCGUUUGGUAGGGGUGUUCAGAGAUGGAGUUGGAUACUAUGGGGAUGUUUUGUUAUUAUCUCUUGGCUUCUGGUCUGUCUUUUAUCCCCAUCCAUGGCUCUCCGUGUUGAAAAG